UCAGGUCUCUACAUUAGGUUGCGCAUGACAACCAAACCAAUGCAGAGAAAUCGCGCAGAACAACAUGGCAGAAAUGACUCGCACAUCUGAAGAAGCAGCCUCCUUGCCAUGAAGUCUGUACCGGUUGCUCUGGGGCUUGCAGUUGCUGCCUGGAUCUGCGGAACUCAAUCUGCCCAAUGGAGAGUGCAGUCUGCAUUGAAUGUGAUUUGGAGGACACUUGGAAGGGACAAGCGCUUGUCCCGAGUCUACAAUCACACAUUUGCUGAUUAUGGCACGUACAACUUCACAUCCCGAGCCUGGCCGGGCAUUGACCGAAGGUCCCUGGCCUCGCUGACGGCCGAUGAAUUCCGGGAGCGGUAUGUGGAAGGAAGGACGCCAGUGAUCCUCACGGACAUCUCGCCUCUGCGGGAAUGGAGCCUCGAGCGCUUGCGCAAGGAGUGCGGGAGAAUGGAGGUGUCCUUCGCCCGGCGCUACUCCGCGGGCUUGCGGGCUAUCCCUGAAUGGGCGCGUAGGAUCUUCUUGGACCCGCGGACGAUCAAGGCUUACAACAAGAGCACUGCCGAGAUUAUUGAUGCCAUGCACGCUGAGAAGACUCUACAAGAGUAUCUAUCUUCGCUGGAGAGUGACAAAGAGGCGAUUCUGACUGCCAAAGACAAUAUCAACUUGUAUGGAGGCAACAUCGUUGACUACCUGUUUCCCGUCAUGCUCAGCGCACAACACAUUGAUAAGCAUGAUUGUCGACCGCUGAUGCAGGAAGGCAACAGAGUACUUUCCAGAUUGAUAGAGUUCGCGGCUGAGGCCCGGGAGGACCGGCCGACCUACGCGUCGAUGCACCCCGUUCUAUUUGUGGCACCAGCAGGUUCCAGAGCGAUUCCGCUGCAUCAGCACGGGCCUUUCAAUGACAACUUGCUCUGGAUGUUGCACGGCACCAAGAAGGUGGUUGUCGUGUCUCCUUCAUCGACAAGAUCUCUCUAUGAGAGGCCUGAAUUUGGAGGUAGUGAAUAUGCGGACCGGGUCUUCUCUGCGGAUGUUUUGCAACCCGACGAAGGCUCUCAGCCUGACGUACGGCAUGCACGCGCACUGGAAGGGUACGUGUCUGCGGGAGAGUUGAUCUAUCUUCCAGUCAACGUCCCUCAUGCAAUUGAGACAACAGAUGACAACACCAGCGUGAUGCUUGCCUGGCAGAUGCCAGUUCCUGGGAUCGCCCGGAUGUUCUUCAAGAAGAGCUGCUCCUACCUGGAAGAGCUCCAGGAUUACCCGCCCUGGGCGAAGAAGUGCGCAGCCCUGGAAGAGAUCAUGAACAGGGAGGAUGCCAGGUAAUCGACCGCGCCCGGG